GUGUGAUGCUGUUGUCAUGAUCACAGAAUUGUACCGAAUAAAUAGUUAGUUACUUUAAUCCCAAAGCCACACAUCAAAUAUUUAUGAUUUGGCAUGUAUCAGAAAAAUCCGUUUAUCUAACUUCGAUAAGAUCAAAAUUAGCUUAAUUUACACCAAAAGUCAAACAUAAAUCAAGGAUUGGCGGGAAAUGGAAACGUUAGAUGCAAACGAAAAUGGCGAAACAGUUGACAAGACCACGUCAGAUUUUGUGCUUGGAUUGAAAGAAAGAGAGUCAUUGAAGAAAGAACUUGAAGAAAAAACUCGUGAAUUAAAUAGGGUCAAAGGCCAGAAUUAUGAUUUAGUGAAAAAGGUCGAAGACUUAGAGAAACAGGUCGCUGAUCUCAAGUCAGAUGUUAAAAGCCAGAUCAAAAGGCCAAAAAGUGGAAUGAUGUCAAAGAAAAAGGUUGCAAAACGAAAAGUUCCAAGAAAAAGCAAGCAGAAAGAUGGACUUUUGUCCCUUCCUUCAACUGGAGGAAGUGAAGAUAUUUUUGAGGAUACAGACAAACUAUAUGCGGCAAUUGCUGAGAAAUUUCCAGAGCUAACUCUGUCAACGGUUCUCAUUGCCGAGAAGAAAUUCAUAGAGGCGGACACGGACAAGAGUGGGACGAUAGAUGCCAAAGAAUUGGAGACGAUCUUGGAUACAAGUCAGAUGCUCUUUACAAAAGAUCAAGUAAACGAGAUUCUGGAAAGCAUUGAUUCAGAUAAUACAAAGUCUAUUGAUUUUUUUGAGUGUCUCGAGGCACUUGAUUUGGUGUACAAAAAUAGAAAGACCGGGUUACCACAGUCCCUACAGAAAAACAAGAGCGCGGUAUGUGUAAUUCAAUAGAAUUGCUGUGCUCAGUUCCAUUUUCAAUUCAUACAUUUGUAGACUAAAUAUAUUAUUGUUCCAGAAUAUGAAUGGAAGGGUUCCAUUUGAUCUUUUGUUGGUAUUUUGAGGACAGUUGUAAAUAUAUUUUUUCAAUAUAGAUAUGAAUAAUUAAAGAUUUUACAGAUAGGCUUAUAAUAACUGUUGAUGCAUACGGGUAAAUAAGAAAUGUACGACUCGAGGUUACGAAUAAAGGCUGGUAGCUAGGUACCUAUAUGUACUGGGACCUUUUUUAGUUUAGGAAGCAGACAUUUUUAAGGGGCAAGAUCAUUAUGAGUGUGCUAGUCCAUGCUUUGUAAAUCAUGUACCUAAUUUCUGAUAUAUUUCUGUCAGCAUUUAUUUCCCGUGAUAGAAUGAACGACUUCUAAACCAGAUUCACUCAAUACGCUACCAACUUGAUUUGAUUGUUGCACUUUUCAAAACCCAGUACCGAUCUCUUUUAAGUUGCCUAUUAUUUAAGGUCAAAUGUCCAGCCUCUUGAAUGUUCCCGAUUAGUUAUGCUUUAUAAUUAUGUAAGUAUUUAUUUGAUCGUAUGUUUAGCUGGGAUGCAAAUAUAAAUACAAUUUAUGUUUAUAUAUUCUUAAGUUGACUUCGUUUUUGUUUACUAGUAAGAUCUUCAUGUUAAUGGACCUUGAUUUGUAAAAACGUUGUUGAAUUAAAUCUGUUUUAAUCACGGAAUAUCUUGAUUGUUAGUAUUGAUGAAUUCGAGUUAAAGUUAAGCCCCAAUCUCCUAAUAGCGCUUUUUUGGUUGCAGCUUAGCCCCAAUCUCCCAUUUUUUUCGCAAUAAAUGGAAAAACACUUAAUUAGGGCGACGUGACCCUACCUUUGUUUUCAGUAGCAUUUUUAUGCAUUUCGAAGUUAAAGCUAUUCAUUUUUUAAAUUACCCCCAAGACCAAUUUUUACUGAUCUCUUGCUGCCAGACUUCAUGCCCCCAAAAUAUGAGGUCAUUAAGAUGACUUUUCGAAACAUUUCCGAUUACAGCAAAUAGGCCUAGUCGCCCAAAAUACUACCUUAAUACACCAGAUUAUUUUUGAUGCGUAUUUGGGUAGUUGAAGAAUACUAUAUUUUUGUAAAAUUUAUAAAAUUAUGUCGUUUAAAAGGAGUUUGCGUAUAUUCUAUGACAAUAUCGGUUAUAUUUUUAGAAAUCCACAUUUAGAAAUUUGAA